AUGCGAAUUGAGGCGCACCAAGUGUUCAAUGUAAGCGUUCAAUUGUGCGAGUUCUUCAACGUCGACCUGUCGGAUCGGGGUUAUUACCAGGUUUUCCCCGAGAUUUUUCUGGAUAAUCCAGAAAAAAGCGGUUAAGGUUCGACUCAGACCCAAAAAAUCGGCGGAAAUUUGGUCGGUCGACAUUUCACACGAUUCGGAUACGGAUCGAGAGUACACCGGGUAAAAAUCGGAGGGAUUUCGAGCAUUUUCAGAUGUUUUCAGGCCGAAAAGACCGAAUAAUAUCCUUUUGGCGCACGUUUAUCAGGGCGCCGCCGUCAGUAGGACCGUCGAAGUGACGUAUCAACACGAACAAUUCAAAUUGGGUACGAUUAUCGAUUUUAUGUCGAGAAGGAAAACGAGGGCGCCAAACUUUGAAUUUCAAAUUGACAAAAAAGGCGUUGCUGGUCUUUUUUCUGAAAAAAUAUCAUUUUUGAAACACCCCCAACCCCCAUCUCCAUUUAUUUUCUUUUCAGUAAGUUUCACAUUUAUUCCAGAUGAUUGGUUUCACAUUUCGGUGCAAUUCAACUCUACGCUCAAUUUGUGUGAGCCACAAAAAUUGGAAAUCGAGGUGGAAUUAUUGUAUGCUCAGAUUAGUUAAUUGAAAAAAAGCAAUAAAAGUUUAAAGGUACAUGGAUCGAUAUCAUCCGCCGCAGUACGAAUCAUUCCAGAAAUUGACCAAACGCGUUGUGGAGGUAAAAUUUAUUUCAAUUCUAACUCAAAAGCAUUGGCAAAAGUUGCCUUCUCUCUCGUGGACGAGAAGGUGUCGGGCGGCCUGGGGUGGGUCAGCCUCAGGUAUCCAAACGGCUUGGGACGGGGGGUGGUCUCGUCUCGUGGUACCAAAGGAAAUGUUACAUGAAACUUUAUUUCGUGCAGCAUCUCCCCCCGUCUCGUGGUUUCCUUCGCCGGCGUCCCAACUGUUUGGAUACCUGGGUCAGCCUAAAAAAAAUAUUCAAAAAUAAUACAGUUUCAAAAAACAUUUAAUCGAAAUAUUGUUCCCUUUAAAAAGUUUGUCUCGACAAAGAAGUGGGUACUUGCAGAUUCCGCUGGAGCCGACUCGCCUGGUGGCGGCCGCCCGUUCCCUCUAUUUCGACUCCUCCUACAUGUCCGCAAUCACGAUGAUCGUCUACAGUAGUCUGGUUAUGGUCGCCACGCGGCAAAGAAGAAACACUCCCGAUACGGUAACUGAAUCUUUUGUGGAAAAUUUCGCGUUGAUUGAGCAUUGCUUGCAACAAAAAAAACAGGGGGCGAGAGAGAAACGAUUUGCGUGCGACGAAGGCACAGACGCAGGCGCGAAACUGUUUUUUUUUUCAAACUUUGUGAAAGGUAUUCCAGAGCACGACAUCGAAGAGCACAAAAUUGCGGCGAAUUUACAACUCGUCCGCCCACGCACUUUUAUUCGCCACCCGAUCCAUUCAGCAGUUUAUCGUCCGAAAUUCGCGUCUUCUCAACGCCAGUGUCUCUGUCGGUACGUUUAUAAUUUUUUUUUUUCGAAUUUCUAGAAAAAUCUUCCAGCUCUAUUGUGCAAAAAGCAAUUAUUGCAGAUAUUGUGGACGUGGCGGCGGAAAUGAAGGCCGCCCUGAUGAGAUUCGACACUUCCGAGCAGGCGGGACGGUGUCUGGAGACGGACGUCUCCGGAUGGAGCACCAAAAUCACACUCAUCUUCCAGCAAAUGCUCGUUUUGUUCCGAAAAUCCAAUGGUACAUUUUUAUUGAGUUUUUAACAAGACAAAUUGAAAAAUUUCAGAGCUCGGCCAACAACUGCUCCUCGUUUUCGAUAAACAGCGUCGUGCGGUUUUCCGUGAGGCCUUCUGGCUCAACGAACGAUCCAUCGACGAGAUUUCCUUAAGAACACCCGCUUCGGUACUUGAAGUACGCGUUUUAAUUGUUUUCUUUGAAUUUUCUGCAUGGCUGGGCAAAAGGCCUGCCGAGGCCUGGACUUUUGCCCCACUCGCAAUGAUCCGAUCGGACCCAAACUUUGCAGGCUUCUUGGACAUGGGUUGAAGCAUACUGGGACCAAGUUACAGCCCGGUCGGAUUAUUUUCUGUCGAGAUAGGUGGAUCAUUCGCCGAAAUUGGCCGGAAGCCCGGGCUUUUUAGAAAAUGAUCCAUCUCGGGACCCGACGAUCUGAUCGAGCUGAAACUUGGUCCCAAUGGCUCUCAAUCCAACUCCAACAAGACUGCAAAGUGGCAGCAAAAACCAGAGUUGCCACGGGCCGGGCCGGGCCGGGCCAAAAUUUUCAAAACUCCGGCCCGGUUCAAAUAGCGGGAAUCCAAAUUUUGAACUAUUGAUUAAAUAAAAUGUUUGUUUUUCGUAGAACUAACGAAUUUUGCAAGUAUCGAGCAUAAAAAAGAAAUGUAGUUCUCAAAAAUAAAAUAAUUUUAUUGGCAUCAAAGCAAAAGUAACAAUUAAAAAAGAAGAAAAUAAUAACUUUUCCCAAUAAAUUUCUUACAGUUCGAAACGCUUUUUCAACGAGUUCUGUUUUUUUAAAUUUUGAUCCCCGCAAAAAAAAAAACGAAAAAAUAGAUUUCCCCCAAAAAAUUGAAUUCGCGCCUUUUGAGCCGGGCCGACCGGGCCGGCCCGUAAUUUGGUAAGUCUGGCAAAAACGAUCAACAGAACAUUUGAUCCUCUUGGUAUAAGCUAUCGAACUAUAUCAGUCACGGCCCAUAAGGCCAACUUACCUGUUGAAUACUUCCUAAUAUGAUAUUGUCAAAGUGAUCUUCACAAACGUGAGAAAGAAUUGCUGAAACACAAUCUUUUAUUGCAGACGUACAAAUCGAUCGUAAAAGUGGACUAUUUGAAAAAAUUGCCACGUACCACCAUUUUUUGCGAGGAAACCGAUUGUCCCGGCGAAUAUUGGUAGUCAAAAAUCAUUUUGAAACAAAUGGAAAAUAAUUGUUUCCAGCCCAAUAAUUUUCGAAGACAAUUUUUCGCGGCAUCCCGAUCGAGCGAUCCUUGUGAGCAACGGAAAUGUAGAGGUAAAAUUGUCUGUAAAUUUUUCUGAAAUUCCACAAAAAUUGCAGAUUCCCCGACCGAACAGCGCGUCGCUCCCAGCCACCAAACCAGCCGACAAACACAAAUCUUUUCGUGAAAGAUUGCGAAAAGAGACGAGAAAAUUGAUUCAUCCGCGUCGGAAGAGCCUCGAUUGCUCACAAUCGCUCUCCAGAAAAGUGGUGGGGGAGAAAAAGUGUGUUUCCAAGCACAAGAACAUUUUUUUCAAAUUUCCAGAACGUCAACGGAUCCGCCUCUCGAAAUCGUACAAAAACGAUGGGAGAAACUGUGACGGAUGGCUCUAAAAAUGUGAUUUUGGUCAGCAAAAAUCUGGAUUUUAUCGGAAAAUCGCCAGAAAAUGCGGAAAAUUCGGCAGUGAGCACGCCGAGUUUUCACAGUGAACCUACAGGUAUUUUCUAUAAUAAAUUUCCUGCAUCCGAUGUGUAACAUGUGUUUUUAUAGUGCGCCAAAUUUCUUCGUGUACUUACUAUUAGCUUAAUGUUUUUCCUCUUUCUUUGUACCUUUUUUUCAAGAUUAGGGAAAUAGUCAAUUAAACGUGCCGGAUCGACAGCGGUGAGAAUCUCAACCACGCAUAUUUGCACGGAUCGGGACAUUUCAAAGUGAAUGCUCUGUUCUGUUGAGAAACCCCUCUUUUAGUGAUUUCCGGGACCUAACUCAGUGUUUUUCAUUUGACUCCUGGAAGAAAUUUCUCGGUUUUUAAUUGGCGCCGGGCUGGAGGAAAUCACAAUUGAAACAGAGCACACUCACUUUGAAAUGUCCCCGAUAGUGUAUGGGGGUGACGAGCGCGACGGCGGCGACUAAAAUUUAAAUUAGCGCCAACGUCGAUAGACAUGCAGGUUAUACCGUAUUCGCUGCGUAGCGAUUCAUAAAGCGUUGCGGCGAUACGUGGGCUGGCACUUUGCCAAGCUUUUUCGCAAUGUAGCGCGAAUGCAGCGGACAUGAUGCGUAAUCCGCUAGUCACCCGUGAUUGAGAGCUACCGAGACAGCCUAUGACAGUACAUAAACUCAAUUAAACGCUGUUGCUCCUCGAUGUUUGCAGACUCAAGCUAAAAUGUAUCCUAAAUGUACAAAGGAAGAGUGAAAUCAUCAUGCCAUUCACAAGAAACAAUUUCGCCAUUGCUCGGUACAACAACACAUUUUAGACAAUUGAUACACCGUGAAAGCGCGAUAGUUGCAAAUUGCGAAAAUGGGACUAUCAGCGGUUCUGAUUCGUACCAGUUCUUUGAGCAAAUUCAAAAAAUAAAUGUUUUGCAGGCUCGUUUCCCUCUCCAGAACACGGUAGAUGCUCGGCGGCCGGAGAAGAACAAGACGCGGCUCCGUUGAUCUCGAAAGAAAGUGUCACCUCUGAUGAGGUACGCAAUAAUUGUGAAAAAAACCUAAAUUCAUUUCUUCCCACAAUUACCGUGUCUUCCAGGUCGCAAACGCGCUGCGCAUUUCCGUCUCGGCCGAUGACGUACUUUCCUACGCGGAUUCCACUGAAAAUGGAUCGAUUCGACAGGAAAAUGAGCAAAAAUUGACGGAAGAGAAUCCGAAAGAGACGAUGGCGGCGUUCGAGUUGCUCCGGGAGCGGGAAGCGGCGAAAAGGAUACUCCGGGAGGAGGCCCACUACGAGGGAAUACUUUAUAGGCUCGUUUUUCAACUUUUUAUCAUCGUUUUUUUCUACAUUUAUUUAUCGAUCUAAAAAAGAACAGCAAACAAGAAUGUGCCAUCGCCGGUUAAAUUUGGGCACCAUAAUAUGGAAGAAGGCUCGGUUGCAGCGUUCCAGGGACUUUAGAUGCAUGCCGCCGGAGAGAUACUGCAUCAUGUUACCCGUUUUUGUAAUAAUUGUGUGUAUCAUGAUUUAAACUCGUGAGCAGCAACAAGAAACUCGCAGAAAUGUCUAUGGGUCACUGCCAAAACAGUUUUUUUUUCGAGGCAUGGCUGCUCGCGCGUACUUUUUGUGUCUCCCUGUUAGUUUACAUCAUAAUGAACUAAUUCCCAAAACAAAAAGUGAAAUGAAUCAGUAUCCUUCCGAUGGCACGCAUGAAUGAGUUCAUUAUGAUCUAAACUAACAAAGAAACACAAAAAGAGCGUACGAGAAGCCAUGCCUCGAAAAAAGCUGUUUUGACAGUGAUCCCUAGACAUUUCUGCGAGUUUCCAUUAUAAUGAACUGGAUAAAUCAGUACUCUUCCGACGGCACGUAUCUGAAGUCUUGGCGCGCGGAAAAAUGCGCCGACAGUUCACGGGACGGGGGCCGAAUUUUUGUGAAUUGAGCAGGUUUUCUCUGAUUUUUGUGCUCAAAGGCAAUGAAAAAUGAUUGUUCGACAUGAAUACACACUAAUUCUCACAGAAUUAAUGACGUUUUGGCGCUCUUUUUUCGCGGACUUUGCUUUUUCGCCUUCGCCGCCUAUCGCCGCCUAAAAACCGCACUUCUCAUUUUGCGCUUUCUUGACCGUUUUCAGACAGAAUUUGUUUUGAGAAUGAUAAAUCACGUAAAUACAAGCAUUUUGAGCGCUCGAACCGCGAAAAUUACCGAAAAGCAACUGAAAUUCACGCAGUUUUAGCCAAAAACCUUCAAACGGAUAAAUGUUAUUUGCGACUUGACCAAAAUUAACGCUGUUGCGCUUAAGAAAUUUGUAAUAGCCUAUACAAUCGGUCUAUCGAGAAAAAAAUGAGAAAUUAUCGGUUUUUCGUGGCUAAUCUGGCAAAAAACACAAAUUUCGCUGUUAAAAUUUGAAUUUCGCGCCAAUGUAUCGCUCUAUUGGGCGGGGCGCACUUGCGCCCACUGUCAGCUCUGGAGACCGUGAGUCACCGUGCGAACUACUGAUUAAAAGAAUUUUUGAAAAGUUUGAAACUGAAAAUGUUUACAAAAAUUCUAAUUUCUCCCUAUUUUUGCAGUGAAAUCCCGUCGAAAUCGAUGCACAGACCCGUUUUCACGCCCGUGAAUUCUCGUCUGGUUCUCGGUGAGCCCGCGCAUCGGACCCCGUUCGAUCGGGCGCACUUGGUGGUGUUCGUGCACGGAUUGGAAGGUACAUUUGCUUUUACAGCAACAAGAAAAGCCACCUCUCAUUAGGCACCCAAGACGACCUGGUGCCAUUCCGAUGCGGCCUUGAUCAGGCCAUCUCGGCCCACUACCACAGCCUGCAAAUGAACGAAACGGACGAGGAGAGGGGCGAGAGAUGGCACUUCGAGUACCUGAUGAGCAGUACGAAUCGAAGCCAGACGUGGGCCGACAUCAAGACUAUGGCACACAAUUUACUCGCAGAAGUCAGGGAGUACGUCGAGGAGUCGAGGCAUAACGUGCUCAGAAUUAGGUGCGCUUUUUUUACGGCGAACAUUUGGAGUUGUUCCUAAACGUUCCGAUCCUGGAAGAAGAACUGAAUUUUUAGGCCAGGACCGGGGAAAGUUCCUUUAGAGGUUACUUCAAGAAAAGCAAAAGACAGAGGAAAACAAAUCAAUCAUAUCAAUUCAGUUUCAUGGCCCAUUCGCUGGGCGGCGUAAUCGUGCGAAGUGCGGUCGGAAUGGCUGCCGAAAUGGGAAUGGAGUGGCUGAAUGACCGAUUGCACACCCUCAUGACUAUAAAUUCGCCGCACUUGGGCCUCGCCUACGUCCAAAAACACAUUCAUUGGGGAGUUCAGAUCGUCAAAUGGUUUGUCACGCUUUUUUUUGUGGGGGAUUCUUGACAAUAGUACAAUUUUUCUGAUUCAAAUAAUGUAGAAUAAUUACGGAUUGCAAAAUUUCCACAAUGGCUCUGCUUUAAUAAAUCAUAUUGGGUUAAAUUUCCAUACCCUCUGCGAAAAACCAGGGCUGGGCAAUUGGACGACCCGGGCAUUUCGUUGUCCGGCCCUUGACCUGGACUUUUGAAUCACUUGCAAUUAUCCGAUCGGACCCAAACAUUGCAGGAUUGUUGGAGUCGGAUUGAGGGCCAUUGGGACCAAGUUUCAGCCCGAUCGGAUCGUCAGGUCCCGAGAUAUGUGGAUCAUUGGCCGAUUUUUUCCAAAAAGCCCGGGCUUCCGGCCAAUUUCGCCCAAUGAUUCACAUAUCUCGGGCCCAAAAAAUCCGAUCGGGCUGAAACUCAAAAAUUGCCCGGCCCUGGAAAAAAACGGAAAAAUGUUUUGUGCAGGUGGAAAAAGUCGCGUUCGAUGGAGCAGCUCACUUUCCGCGACUCGCUCAACUUCGGCUCCUCGUUUGUCUAUCAGGCGUCGGUGAACGGAGCAUGCGGCAAAUUUCGACACGUUUUGUUGGUGGGAACGCCUCGUGAGUCGUUUUUGGGUGGAACUUACAAAGAUGUCGAAUUUAUCGCCCAAUUUAUCAGACGAUCAACUCGUUCCGUACAUGUCGGCGCUGCUGGUUCCAUCGAAAAACUCGGCCGAAGAUCAAUCGGCAUUCGGAGAGGCUUACCGGUAUCUUUUUUCUUUGAAUUGUUUUCUGUUUCUAUCUUUUCUUAAUCAAACUAUAUUUAAAAUUCAACAAUAAUCGUGCCACAUUUUUCAGAGAAAUGAUGUCGGCGAUUCUGAAUUCGAUGCGAACGAGCGAAAAAACGGAAACGCUCGUCCGAUACACCACUUUCCAUCAACUCGGUUCCUCGAAUUCGCAGAAAUUGACUGGGAGAGCCGGUAAUGCUGAAAAUAACAUUUUUCGGCGCUGUCCGGGAAGAAUGAACCGAAGAGAAGGUGGUCCCACAGUGUUAGAUACAAUAUGUGACAAAUUUGUCCAGGUUCACUCUCUUUACACUUUAUUAAUUUUCCUACCUUCGAAAUAUAUUAGAAUCCUGACUUUGUAGAAAAACCAUUAUGAAUUUCCAGAAACGUUGAAUAUGUUUGAGAUUUAUGAUCCCUGUGAGUAGAGACUAACUAUCGAAGUAAUGAAAGUAGGGAUCAUGUAACAUAGAAUAAGAGUGAAACUGGACAAAUUUUGCUGUUUCGUAUUACCACCACAUUCCGUUCUUUCUGGACAGAGCCAAUUUUUCUUUAUUCACGAUAUGUUGAUUUUCACACAAUUUUAUUGAUGAGACAACAAUGAGGCAACAUUUUUAAACACAAAAUGAACUUGAUUCUCACCGAGGGCACGCAUGAGCAGCCGCUGGUUUUGUGAAUGUUUUGUUGCUGCUUGUCAAUUUCAAUCGCCAUGAACACACUCGCGAUGAGAACGGAAAAGAUGAAUCAGUAUUUGACCGGCGGCGCGCGGACACGAGCAGACGACAGUUCCCGGUUCUGCUAUGUUCACUGGAGCGCACUCGCAAAAUACGAGCAAAAAAUCAAUGCCCUCAACCUGCUAUUCGAAGAAUCGAAGAAUAGCAGAUUGAGAGCUUUGCACGUGUUCUCUUUGUUCCCUCUAGUAUUUACUUCUCCCCGGAGGCGUCCUUUAAAUAAAUAAAAGUUUCAGCGCACGUGGCAGCUCUGGAAGACCCCGUGUUCAUCGAAAAACUCUUCAACAUCUCGGCCGUCAAUUAUUUUGUAUAG